UCAGGAAAACCUACCACAAUAUGUGAGACUAUGGGGAAAGCUGAAAUGUGGUUGAUUCGAACUUCCUGGGAUUUUGAAUUUCCUUACCCUUAUUUACCUCACUUUGAAUUUGUUGGAGGACUACACUGCAAGCCUGCAAAGCCCCUCCCGAAGGAGGUAGAAGAGUUUGUCCAGAGCUCUGGAAAAGAUGGAGCUGUGGUAUUUACUCUGGGGUCAAUGAUCCAAAAUCUCACAGAAGAAAAGUCUAACAUGAUUGCAUCAGCCCUCGCCCAGAUUCCACAGAAGGUUCUGUGGAGAUACACAGGAAAGAAACCAGAUACGUUAGGGCCCAAUACACGACUAUAUGACUGGAUUCCACAGAAUGAUCUUCUAGGUCAUCACCAAACCAGAGCAUUUAUCACCCACUGUGGAACCAAUGGAAUGUAUGAAGCUAUUUACCAUGGGAUCCCUGUGGUGGGAAUUCCAAUAUUUGGUGAUCAGUUUGGCAAUAUUGCUCGUAUGAAGGCCAAAGGGGUAGCUGUUGAAGUAGACUUGCAUACAAUGACCCGUUCCGAUCUGCUUAACGCUUUGAAGGAAGUUAUUAACAACCCUUCCUAUAAAGAGAAUGCUAUGAGGUUAUCAAGAAUUCACCAUGAUCAGCCCAUGAAGCCCCUGGAUCGAGCAGUCUUCUGGAUCGAGUUUGUCAUGCGCCACAAAGGAGCCAAACACCUGCGGCCAGCCUCCUACAAUCUCACCUGGUACCAGUACCGUUCUUUGGAUGUGAUUGGGUUCCUGCUAGCCUGUGUGGCAACUUUUAUGUUUCUGGUCACAAAAUGUUGCCUGUUCUGUUGCUGGAAGUUUGGGAAGACAGGAAAGAAGAAAAAGAGAGAGUAGUUUUCUUUGAGUUUGGCUGGAAAUAGUGUUAGGGCACAUCAAGUUAAUCGAGCCACUGAGUUGAACAGAUUCCUCUCCUACUCUUCCAAGCUCUUGUCCAUUCCUCAGCUUAUCAAGUCAGAGAUUAAAGACUCUUCCAAGGAGUUGGUCUCAUGAUUUAGAAUUAAGGUUUAGGUAAUCUAGUCUUUAAAAAGAGAAGAUAAACAUAUAAACGCAUGGAAGUUGCUACUAUUGAAAUCUUAGUGCUUUACUUUAUUCACUUGUUUCAGUUCAACAUAUUGAAAUGCUGUUUGAGGCCUUAGGAACAUAAUGAUUAAUUCUGUAUUCAGUAUCAAUCAUAUGGAACAUUUUCUAAAUACUUAACAUCAUUUUGGUUCCUGUAUGUUAUAAUUACUGCACAUUCUCUAAGGCAACUAUUCAAGAAGCAGGAUAGAGGAAGCUGUAACAAGAGCCUCCCUUCCAAUUAGAAAUAUCAGGAGACUGUUAGGGUUUCUACGCUGUUAUGAAGCACGUUUAUACCAUCAGUUUCCUUUUAUAUGAGACAUCUGACUUUGUCCUCCUUGGAAUAUAAAACACUAUUUUUUGUCUUUGAUGUGCCUGUUGCCUUGAUUUGGGAAUUAAUAAUAAUAGUACCUGAUUUGUAUUGUAACAAUUUGUGGCUUCAGAGAACUAGUUGAUUUUGACAAGUUAGCAGGAUUGAUGGUAUGGUAGAGUGAAAAUCAAUAAUUGGAAUUUAAUAUUUAACUUUUUAAGUAAUUUCAAAUUAAAAAAAAAUUCCUUUCUACACUAAUUUUACCUAUCUGUAUUUGGAAAGAAGAAGCAAAAGUACUUAGCUACACUUCAGAUACUUCAGGGGGAAAAUGCAUUUCUCAGAAAUGCUAUUUGCUAUGGGAGUGAUUUCUCCAUCUAAUCAGAAACUCAAUGAAUUUGCCCAUUUCUUCUUCUUCCUUUCCUCCCUCACUUCACCUGGUCCUCUCAUAAACUGUAACAUGACGACUAUACCAGGCACAAGUACUUAGGAUUCUUGAUACCUAGCGUGGGCCAGAAAUCUUCAGUGAAUGUGAAGAUGUAAUUUGAAUUUUAAUAGAAGUAAGGCUUACUCUUUCUUUCUUUUCUAAAUACAUUCUCUUAGAAUGUAUUUGCCAAUUCUUUGUCCUCAGGCUCAUGGAAUUAUUCAGUCUGUGAUAACUUUGUCUAUUAAGCAAGUUUAGCAAAUGAUUUACCACAGAGUUUGAUAUUUAUAACCCAAGCUUGAGAGACCUAAAAUUAUGGCUCUCUCUUAGAACAAUACAAAUCAUUGGGGGGAUAUCUAUUUUUUACAGGAAUCGUGACACAAAUAAGACGAAGGUAAACAAUACUUAGAUGGGAAAUUAGCUUUAAAAAUAUAGGAGAAAAAAGAUAUUUUCUCUAUUUUAUGAGGAUUUGAAAUAAUUAAAUAGUUAUAAUGAUUUAAUGCGUUGAGUGUAAAGAUGCAAACAUAAAUGCUGUUUGCUUUAAGAUAUAAUUAAUGUAAUCAGAGCAAUAAUUUACAAUGGUGUUGAAUUAUUUAUUUUGGCAAUUGGAUUAUGAUCUUUCCUAUCAUAGUCUUUAAAAUCAGUGUAAUCUUUGGUCAUUUUAUGUCGAAGUCAAGAUAUCACUUCACUUCUUCAUUAUUAUACAGCAUAACGAGUUAAAGUAAACUCAAGAUUGGAUAUUUUGUUAGCUAUUUCUGCAUUUAUUCAAAAUAAUUACUCGGACAAAUAGAUGAAUAUAUUCUAUCUUGUAGAGACAAAUGCUUUUCUUAGGAACAUAUAUUUAUGUAUUUAAAUCACUUAUAGAUCAUUAUAUCAAGUAUAGUAACAUUCAGGUAUUAAUUUUGGGUUUGCAGAGGCUAAACCUUUGUAAUUUACUGUAUUUUUUCCUGUUUAAGUUGUAAUAAGAACACAUUUUUCAGGAGUUUAAUGACUUCUGGCUUUCUUAAUCACUUAAAAUAACAGUUUAAAAUACUUUAUUUUUAAACUAUUUACAAUUCAUAUGUGACCAUGUUAUGAAACUCUGCUUAAUUUUCUUCUGGAUCAUAACUUAAUUGAAAAUAUAAUAAGUAGAAGCAAAUAUCUUGUGCCUACUCUCAUGAAUAUAUAUGUGGCAAAAAGUUAUGUUCUAUAUCUUAUAAAUAAAAAGUGGUUCAUA